GUUGUGGGAGCGAGGGAGAGGUGGUUAGGCAGUUGGCAGUUGGGAGUUAGGGAGUUGGUAGAGAGUGGGAUGCAGGAGCUGUAUGAAGAAAACUGUGUUAAAUAAAAAGAAGAUUUGUGCUUUUAAGAACCAAAGAAACUCAUGUUUAGAAGUUAAAUAAUAAAGUCAAAUGUGCUUAAACGUUCACUGACUCGGCAGUGUCUCAGUACCUUCAGAGGUGUGACAAAGAGGGGAGAACAAAGCUUUCCUGGGGAAGAGGAAACUGUUUGCUGUUUCUCCUGUCAUACAAAGGGCUGGUUAGCGAAGCCGAAGGAGCCACAUAGUUGCCUAAGGGAGAGGCACACUGUAGCUGUAGGGAACCCAGGGAGGAAGACCCCACUGGUGGCCAUAGGUUUCGAACGCAGAGCCUGAGGUACUCUGGAGACAAGUCCAGUUUGGACUCUGGAGGUUUUUUUUUUUCUCCCGUUUGUGGAGAAGCACAGGGAGAGCCUCUGAGGUUUAAGCAGUGAGGUGGGGGAUCCAUCACAUUAUUGGUGGCAGCGUCGUGAUCUGAAUCCACAACCAAAGUUGAAGUUUGUGGGAGUUUUAAAACGAUAUUUUCCAGAGAAGGAAAAUGGCACAUUUAAGAAAAGCAAGAGAGGCUAAAGGGGAUGAGAGGACAGAAGGGGCUGAGGGGAGCCCAAAUUCUGAAUUAGAGCUUAUGAGAUUGAGAAUUGAGAUGUCUAGAAUUGAAAGUGAAAAGGAGAAGGCUAGGAUUGAAGUUGAAAGGGAAAAGUUAGCGGCUGAGGAGAGAAUGCAGUCUGAGAAAUUAAAAACACAAUUGGAGCAGGAGAGAUUGCAAGCAGAAAAGGAGAUGCAGCUGGGGAGAAUGCGUUUGGAAGAGAUUCAAUUGAGAGGAGAGGUAUCUCCAAAUAGAGAAAAUGUGGAGGUUACCUCAGCAAACCUCAAGAGAUUCCCAAAAUAUGUAAAUGGGGAUGAUGCCGAAAGCUUUCUAUUCAGUUUCGAACGCAUUUGUCAGGAAUUAAAAAUAGCUGAGGCGGACUGGAUGAUGUAUCUGAGGCCUCAAAUAUGUGGCAUCUUGAGUGAAAUAUACUCAGACUUAAGGGAUACUGAACUAUCCAGUUAUGAGAUAUUUAAGCAGCGGGUGAGAGUACGCUGUGGGCUAACUGCUGAUCAAAGCCGAAAAGCCUUUAGAGAACUAAAAAGAGGUCCCAAAGAGACAUUUUCUCAGCUGGCAAGCAAGCUAGAUCGUUUGCUGGACAGGUGGAUUCAGGGGAGCGGGGUGACCAGCUUCCAAGAAUUAAAACAGCUAAUUUGUGUGGAGCAGUUUUAUAAACAUGUCCCUAUGAAUCUACGCUGGUUUAUUAAAGACAAAAGGCUGAUGGAUGUGUCCAAAAUGGCUUUAAUAUUAGAUGAGAUUGAAGGAGAUUGUCCUGAAAUGCUGAUUCCAAGGCAGUGGCCAAAGAACAGGCAGAUGAAGCCUUAUGAAAAAGGGGAGAAAGCUGACCGGGCUCCUGACAAAGUAGACACUCCAGUAGUCAGAAAAAUAUCUUGCUAUUUUUGUGGAUUAGAAGGUCACAUAAGAUCAAGAUGCCCGCAAUUAGCAAAAAAACAAAAUGCCAACACGGCUACCAAGUCAGUGAAGUUGCUAACCCAAGCUGAGGUAAAAAAAUCACCUCAGGAAAGUAACCCCGAAUCAACUGUCAGUGCCUCAGAGACUGUGGCUAACAUAAGGCAGGUCUGGAGAGCUGAUCAGGGGAUUAAUAAAGACUUUAUGGAGCCAGUGAUUUUAAAUAAUCAAGAAUAUUUGGGUUUACGUGACACAGGUGCAGAAGUGAGUCUGGUUAGAUCACACUGUGUGACACAGGAUCAGUACCUUAAAGACCAAACUUUUAGUCUAAAGGGAAUAUGGGGACCUGAGUUCGAGGUUCCGGUAGCAGAAGUGGAUAUAGUUUAUAAUGGCAUGAGGAGAAAAUGGAAAGUGGGCGUCUGGGAUAACAUCGAUACACCAUUUCUGAUAGGCAAUGAUGUAAUCAAGCCUGAAUUUAAGGUUCAAGUUGUCACUAGAGCCCAAACCGAAGCAAAAGGGAAUCCAUUAACUGCAGUAGAAGAGGCCCAAGCCGAUCCUGAGGGGAAUGGAAUGUUGGGGAGAAUGUCAGUUGUAACCACCAUAACUGCCAACAGGGCCCAGUUCCUGGCAGAACAGAGGGAGGAGGAAACUCUAAAGGGAUUGUGUGGAGAAGCUAAAGGGCAGUACAGCACAGUGGUGUCAGUAGAAAAGCCCAGGGUUUCUUGUAUAAAGGAGGAACCAUUAAUUAGUAAAUCUGAGAGAGGCAAAACUGCAGCUGGGUGGGAAAGCAAAGAGCAAUCGGUGAUGCCAAAGAAGAUCAGUCUGCAAGAGCCGCAAUUGGCACAGGAUGCCCCCACAACAGCGCAUUUUGAAAUAAGCCAAAAGGAGAGAGUCCAAGACCAAAUUUACUGGACUGCUAUAAACAAAGACACCAGAGGUUCUAAAAGGGAGAACAGUUUUAUUUUAGACCUUGGGGACAGAGCCCUAAGAUUACCAGAGGAGAUUCCUCUGAGGGAGAACAGAGAUAAGACUGUGUUCAAAGUCAAUGGAAAUGAUUUAACAAGACAGAGCUUACCUAAGGAGCUCAUAGCCGACUUGGGUAUGAAGGAGGUGUUGCCACUUGGCGGAGUUAGCUGUGUAGGGACUGCAAAUAACUUUCUGCAAGCCAAAGAGCUUGGUAAAAAGAAGGAGGGAACAGCAGCCUCGUCUGUAACACCUUAUCCUAACCACCAACAGUACAGUGUGGAUGAGCGUUGCCAACCAUUUGUGUUAAGUUUCGACUUGAUUAGUCAGGAGAGCGGAUACAGCCCUUCUGAGCUGGCUGAUGGACAGCAAACCAGUGCACUGUUACAUCUAUUACUGCCUGAAAGGAAGGAGGAAGAGAGCGUGGCACAUCCAGUGAUUAUAUCUAGCAUACUGGAGCUGCCUUGCUAUGUGCCAGAGACUGAAAGGCAAGCUGUAAGCAGAGUGCACAGGGCACAGCAGUGCUUGGAAUCAGGGGGUGCAUUCCUAAUUACAAAUGGGAAUCCCUUGCAUGGCAAAAAGGAAGCUCGAAAAUGCCAAGAUGCUGCGCAUCCGUCAUCUUGUUGUCCUGCUGAGGCCGAAUAUGAUCCUGGGGGGAGUCGGAAACAACGAGAGGCCCACAGGAAAAUGAUUGCCCGAAAGCGAAAGUGGCUUGAGAUUUGCUUGCGCCGGACUAUUGCACCGAGAGGCAUGUUCCAGUACCAUCUGAAACUGUCUGCAGAGUCGUCAGUGCAAGGCAGAAGAUCUGCUCAACGCAUGGCCGGUGCAGCGCAAUGA